ACCACCACCAUCAUCAUCACCACCACAGCCACCACCACCAUCACCACCAUCAACAGCAGCAGCAUCAGCACGAGGUCGGACACGAAAGCGGCGGGGUAGAAGCGGGGGCGGCGGCGGUGGUGGUGGAAACGGGGGUGGUGGUGGUGGUGGUGGUACCAGAGGAGGUAGCGUCGAGGGUAUGUCUUCGUCGGCCUCUCAAAGCCCCGACAUCGCGUGCGCGAGCCUACCGCUGGAACUACUCGCGGCUGGCGCGCUCGGCGUCAAGGAGGAGCGAGACCUCGCCGCCGCGGAGGAUCUGUCGUCGUCCCAGGAUCCGCCGAGCAUCGGCGGUGGUGGUGGCGGUGAUAGCGGCGGUGGCGGCGGCGGCGGCGGUGGCGGUGGUGGUGGUGGCGGUGGUGGCGGCGGCGGCGGUGGCGGUGGCAGUGCCGGUGGAAUCGGAGGCAAUAACGACGGCGGCGGCGGACGCGCCGUCGGUGGCGGCAACGGCAACGGCAACGGCAACGGUGGUAACGGCGGCAGCAGCGGUGGCGGCGGCGGAGGCGGCGGCGGCGGUAGUGGCAGUGGUGGUAGUAGUAGUAGUGGCGGCGGUGGCAGGCAGAGCGCGCGGGAGUCCCUGUCGGUGAUCGUGCCGCCUCAGGACGUGGACGUGGACUCGCGCGACGCCGACGACUCGGAGCUCCUCAGUCCGGGCAAGCUAACGCCUACGUCCGGGAUAAGCGUGUCGGUCGCGAGUAUGAUCGACGCGACGGACUUCAGGGCGAUGCAGCCGGAGCCGACGUAUCAGACACUGACCUCGGUAGCGGAAAGGAUGUCACCGCCCGGCUUCAGUCCGGGUUCCUCGUACGCCACAUUGACGCCGCUGCAGCCGUUACCGCCGAUCUCGACGAUGAGCGACAAAUUCGUUUACGGUGGUCACGCGGCCGGCGGCGUCACCGGCAGUUUCGCCGUAAUGCAGAACAACGGCCUGGGUAACAUCGGCCUCGGGAUGGGCGGUUCGCCAUACGCGUAUGACAAAUUACCGUCGAUGGGCAUGUCGCCGCCGCACAAUUAUCCAUCGCCGGGCGCGGGUCUUCAACCGAGUCCGUUGUCCCCGCAAAGCGCGUACAGCCAGAGCGGCCUUAACUCGCCGCACAAAUCGUCCGCGAGUCCGCAUUACGAUCCGGCGUUUUUACCAAGGUUGCAACAGAGUCCGGCGGCGCUCAGCCCGUCCUCGCCGCCGGCUGUUACGGCGACGGCGAGUUUCGCGCCAUCCCAUCAUUCGCCGCCCGGCACGCACUCGGUGCCGAGCGCGGCGUCGCCGCCCCCGACGAUGCAGACGCAGCUGCAGCAACAGCAGCAACAACAGCAGCAGCAACAGCAGCAGCAGCAGCAGCAACAGCAGCAGCAACAGCAACAGCAGUCGAUACCGCAGCAGCAGCAGCAGCAGCAAACGAUAUCGCACACGCAACACGUGCAACACACGUCGGUCGUCAUGAAGACGGUCUCGACGGCGAGCAACGGCGGUGCCGGCGAAGUCGAGGAGAUUAACACGAAGGAGCUCGCGCAACGGAUCAGCGCCGAGCUCAAGAGGUACAGCAUACCCCAGGCGAUCUUUGCGCAGCGCGUGCUGUGUCGCAGCCAGGGCACCCUCAGCGAUCUGCUGCGCAACCCGAAACCCUGGUCCAAGCUCAAGAGCGGCCGCGAGACCUUCCGGCGGAUGUGGAAGUGGCUGCAGGAGCCCGAGUUUCAAAGAAUGUCGGCCUUGCGGCUAGCAGCCCUGAGCAACUGCUCUGAGAGCGGAGGCGAGGCGGACGCGAUGCUGGACAUGCACCAUCCAGGAACCGGGAUCGACUCGCAUCAUCCGCAGUUUCACAACUCCUAUGCUGCACAGAUUCCACAACGCGGAACAUGCAAGAGGAAAGACGAGAUGGCGAACCAGGCAGAACACCAACAGCCCGCCCCCAAGAAACCGCGGCUGGUUUUCACAGACCUUCAGCGCCGUACUCUACAGGCUAUUUUUAAAGAGACCAAGAGGCCGUCGAAGGAGAUGCAGGUGACAAUCGCGAGGCAGUUGGGCCUGGAACCGACGACGGUCGGCAAUUUCUUCAUGAACGCUCGACGCCGCUCCAUGGACAAAUGGAAGGACGAGGAUCCGAAGACGGUGGCGGUCGAGGAGGAACAAUUGUCGCCCACGAUAGGCAUCGGACAGCGCCAACCGAGCGACGUUUUGUGACACACAUCCGACCACGAGGAGUACCACGACGAGUCGCCAGACGAGGAUCUGCCCUUCUCGUAAGGGCUUACCUCGUAGACGUGUCCUUGUCGACACAUUCGAUCGAAACCAAAGUAUUAUUUUACGUUAGGGAGAUCGACUCGAAACAUAUAUAUUUUAUUUAUUUCAACUACUACUUCUUUCUUCUUAUCAUCCACUUUGUUCUCUUUUUCGAGAAUCGAUUCAUUCAAGCAAAAUCGAAAAAUUCAGGAUUCAAUAUUAUAUAUAUAUAUUAAAAUACCGUUUAUUUACGUCGAGAAAUUUUAUCCAACAUAAAGCUUGUGUUGAUUCUCAUUUAUAUAUUGAUCCAUGAUCGAAAUGUGUCGGACAAGAACGUCCUAGCCGCUGAAUGCGAUCGAUCAUUGCAGUUCCCGCGAAUGUGAUCGCGAUCCAAAUCAGUUUAGCGUUUGUUUUUUUUUUACUGAUGCGUUUCCAAGUAUUUGCGAUCAGUAGAUUGUAUCAUAAGGUUUUUAGUCAACGUUCAAAGUCGAAAACGGACGAGUCUAUUCUAUAAGAGCUGAGAAUGACGAUUACAUAAAAAAAAAAAAAA